GGGGCCGUGGGUCGCGUGGCGCGGGAAUGGAGGCGCAGGAGGAGGUGGUGAGGCUGCUGCAGAACCUGGCCGUGGGGCCGGGGGGACAGCGGGCGGCCGAGCGGGAGAAAGUGCCGGACGGGCAGCUGGUGGCCGAGCAGGAGAAGGUGCCGGACGGACAGCGGGCGGCCGAGCACGAGAAGCUCGUCAUGCCGGACGGGCAGCUGGUGGCCGAGGAGGAGGUGGUGCUGGACGGGAGGCUGGUGGCCGAGCAGGAGGCUGAGCACGAGAAGCUCGUCAUGCCGGACGGGCAGCUGGUGGUCGAGCUGGAGAAGGUGCUGGAGGGGCGUCUGGUGGCCGAGCAGGAGAAGGUGCUAGAGGGGCAGCUGGUGGCCCAGGAGGAAAAGGUGCUGGAGGGGCAGCUGGUGGCCGAGCAGGAGAAGGUGCUGGAGGGGUGGCUGGUGGCCGAGCAGGAGGCCGAGCAGGAGGAGGUGCUGGAGGGGCAGCUGCUGGCCGAGCAGGAGAAGGUGCUGGAGGGGCAGCUGGAGCCCGAGCAGGAGAAGGUGCCGGAGGGGCAGCUGGAGCCCGAGCAGGAGAAUGUGCCGGAGGGGCAGCUGGAGGCCGAGCAGGAGAAUGUGCCGGAGGGGCAGCUGGUGGCCGAGCAGGAGAAGGUGCCGGAGGGGCAGCUGCUGGCCGAGCAGGAGAAUGUGCUGGACGGGCAGCUGGAGGCCGAGCAGGAGAAUGUGCUGGACGGGCAGCUGGAGGCCGAGCAGGAGAAGGUGCUGGAGGGGCAGCUGCUGGCCGAGCAGGAGAAGGUGCUGGAGGGGCAGCUGCUGGCCGAGCAGGAGAAGGUGCCGGACGGGCCGCUGGAGGCCGAGCAGGAGAAGGUGCUGGAGGGGCAGCUGGUGGCCGAGCAGGAGAAGGUGCCGGACGGGCCGCUGGAGGCCGAGCAGGAGAAUGUGCUGGACGGGCAGCUCGUGGUCGAGCAGGAGAAGGUGCUGGACGGGCAGCUGGAGGCCGAGCAGGAGAAGGUGCCGGGCCCUACGGAGAGCGGUGGGGAAGCCCAGGUCCCUCUGUCCCCAGCCGUGGGAGCGCGCCGCUCGCCGCCGCCCGCUUGGCCCGGGGCGAUCGCUGCCGCCCUGCCUUCGUCGGACUCGGACAGUGAUACAGAUUCAGAUAGUUCAUCAACUACACUCUCCUCUUCAUCUUCAUCAGUAUCAGAAGAAGAUGAUCACCUAAAUGAGAAGGAUAAUAGAACACCCUGUAUUAGGACAAAGGAUGAGUUGCCUAUUGAUAAAUUGCCUCCUGUUGAAGACUUAUCAAUAAUUCUUCCAGAUGAUGUUGAACUGAAGCUCUUUGGGACAGUUUCCAGCAUCAUUGAGCAGCUAGUAAUAAUUGAAUCACUGAAGGGCCUACCUCCGGUAAAUGAGGAAAGCAUAAUUUUUAAAGAAGAUCGGCAAGUAGCAGGAAAGAUAUUUGAGAUAUUUGGUCCUGUUUCACAUCCAUUUUAUGUGAUGAGAUUUAACAGCUCUGAUCAUAUCAAAGAGAGAGGUAUUAAUGUGCAAGAUAGCAUGUAUUUUGCUCCAUCAGUUAAGGACUUCACCCAGUAUAUAUUUGCAGAGAAGCUAAAACAGGAAAAAGGUUCAGAUGCAUCUUGGAAGAAUGACCAAGAACCACCACCUGAAGUUUUGGAGUUCAGUGAUGAUGAGAAAGAAAAGGAGGCAAAACAGAAGAAAAAGAAGCCUCACAGUCAAGGAAGGAAGAAAGUCAGAUCAGAAACACUUCCAUCAAGUGAGAAUAAAGAAUUUCAUCAGUCAGUGCAACAGCCUGCUGCAAGUUACGCAAGGGGAUACCAUGGCAGAGGGUUCUUCAGGGAUCUGUUUCCUCCUCCAUCAGGCCCUCGAGGGUUUUUCAGGCCCCAAGUAAGACCACCACAGCUGUAUUCUUCAGACAGGAUAUACCAGGAAUCACCAGUGUUUCCACCACCUUACAGAAAAGAAUAUCCAGUGAUGCAACAGUAUGCCUUUCCUCCUCCAGAUUUUGGUUAUGUCAGUGAUGGGUAUCAAUUCCACCCUCCACCUUCAAACAUGAAUAUGAUGUGGACAGGCCCAAACAUGUACAAUUCAUCCUACUCAUUUCUGUCACUGCCGCCACCACCACCACCGCCACUACCGCCACCACCUCCUCCAGACUGCCACCCUCCUCAGUUCAGGCCUUACUAAGAUUCCAUGUGUGUCCAUGUAGAGCCCUGCAGUUUACAGGGAGAAAGAACAGCCUGCCAGGACUGCAUUCCCUUAUUCUGGAGAUGGUUUCUUUUACUGCAGCAGUAGAACAAAUGCAGAGUUUUGUGCUUUGUGGGACAUGUGUAGAAAAUUAUUUUUUUCUGUAUAUGUUACCUAUUUCCAAAAAGAAGUUUAUAUGAUAAAAGUAACUGAAUAUUAAGUAAUGGUUUAUUUUUAUAAUAUCUGCUACUUAAAGAUGAUAAAUAAAAGCCCUUUGGACACUGGUAUGUAGUGGUGGAAUUCUA